AUGCCUGGAUUCACUGGAGAUCGAUGUGAGCAAGACAUCAAUGAAUGUGAAUCAAAUCCGUGCCAAAAUGAUGGAACGUGUCUUGAUGAACGUGGAGAUUUCAGAUGUGUUUGUAUGCCUGGUUUCACUGGUGUGACUUGUGCUGAAAACAUUAAUGAGUGUAAUUCACAGCCUUGUGCCAAUUCAGGUAUUUGUGAAGACAAGCAGAAUGAAUACAAGUGCAAUUGCAAACCAGGCUUCACUGGCAAGAGAUGUGAAACUGAUAUUAAUGAAUGCAUUAGUAAUCCUUGUAAUCAUGGUACAUGUAUUGACCAACGGAACAGUUACAAAUGUAAAUGUAAGCCAGGAUAUAAAGGCAUCUCUUGUGCUGAAAAUGUCAAUGAUUGUGCAGGUAUAAACUGUGGAAAUGGUACUUGUGAAGAUGAUGUGUCUGAUUAUACAUGCAGAUGCAACAAAGGUUAUACAGGACGUCACUGUGAGACAGAGAUCAAUGAGUGUGACAAUAAUCCUUGUAAACAUGGAGGCACUUGCAUGAAUGUUCAUGAUUCAUACGAAUGUCGAUGUCCUCAAGGCACUUUUGGCCGCAACUGUGAAAACGACCAAAAUGAAUGUGCUCAAAAUCUUUGUCACAAUAAUGGCACUUGUAUUGAUGGCAUUGAUAAAUUUGAAUGUAGAUGCCUGGCUGGAUUUACAAGUACCUAUUGUGAAACAAAUAUAGAUGAAUGUGCUUCUAAUCCUUGUUUUCAUGGUGGCACAUGCAUUGACCAUAUCAAUGGCUACAAAUGUAUAUGUCCUCAUGGGUAUCAUGAUGCACAAUGCAAGUCUAAUAUCAACGAAUGCCGUAUAAAUCCUUGCAUAAAUGGUGGAACUUGUGUUGAUGGCAUUAAUCGAUAUGACUGUGUUUGCUCCUCUGGCUAUACUGGCCAGGACUGUGAACUGGACAUUCUUGAAUGUGCUUCAAAUCCAUGUCAACAUGGUGGAACCUGUAAAGAACAUCACAAUUACUAUCAGUGCCAAUGCCCACCUGGAUAUACUGGCAUCAAUUGUGAAAUUGAUACUGAUGAAUGUCUUAGUAAUCCUUGUAUCCAUGGAAAGUGCACAAAUGAAUUGAACAUGUACAAAUGUUAUUGUGAUGAUGCCUACACUGGAACAAACUGUGAGACAAAACUUGCCCCUUGCCAGUCUAAUCCUUGUGUUCAUGGAACAUGUAAACCAAUUAAUAGAUAUACAGAUUACCAGUGUCACUGCCCUCCUGGUUUUGAAGGCCGUAAUUGUGAAACUGACCGUGAUGAGUGCUUCAUAAGUGCACCAUGUAGAAACGGAGCAACUUGCAUCAACAAGUUUGGUUCUUAUCACUGCAGGUGCAGACCCGGAUUUGCUGGCAAUAACUGUGAAAUUAAUAAAGAUGAGUGUAAUUCAUCUCCAUGUCAAAAUGGAGGGACUUGUCUUGAUGAUAUUAAUAACUACACCUGUCAAUGCCAAGAUGGAUUUGGUGGUUACCAUUGUGAAACUGACAUUGAUGAGUGUGCUUCAAAUCCAUGUUAUAAUGGAUCUGAGUGUAAAGACUAUGUAAACUCUUAUAUAUGCAUUUGUCAGCCAGGAUUCAGUGGCACUCACUGCAAUCAAAACAAUAAUGAUUGUACAUCCAGUUCCUGUUUAAAUGGUGGCACCUGUAUUGAUGGUGUUAACUCUUAUACUUGCAAGUGUCCUCUAGGUUAUUCUGGUUCCAACUGCCAGACUGCUAUCAAGCCAUGUGAUUCAAAUCCUUGCCACAAUGCUGCUACUUGUGUUGAUCGCAACACAACUUACCAAUGCUUCUGCCCUUAUGGAUUUAGUGGUCCACAGUGUUCAGACUUCAUUGACUGGUGUUCCAAUAAUCCUUGUAAGAAUGGAGGCAGCUGUCAUCAAACAGCCAACGAAUUUAGAUGCAACUGCACAGAGAACUGGACCGGUGUCACUUGUGAUAUUUUACGUACAACAUGUGAAAUAGCAGCUAAAACUAAAGGUGUGAGGGCCAAUGAGUUAUGCAAAAACAAAGGAAAAUGUAUUAACCGUAACCAUAGCCAUAUGUGCAUGUGUCCUCCAGGUACUAAAGGUCAACUCUGUCAAAUCAAUCUCAUUGAAUGCCAUGAUGGUCUUUGUCAUAAUGGAGGAACAUGUAAGGAUAAGGUGAAUGGAUUUGAGUGUAUUUGUCCACCUGGGUUUGUUGGCAACAAGUGUGAAGGUGACAUCAAUGAAUGUCUUAAACAACCCUGUGAUCCUGUUGGGUCUCGAGGCUGUGUCCAACUUGUUAACAACUACCGUUGCAAUUGUAAACCUGGAUGGACAGGUAAAACCUGUUCCAUAUAUCAUGGUACACCUGCCAACCAUUGUCCUGAGAGCAAAUGUUUGAAUGGGGGUGUCUGUAUUAAUCAGAGAUGCCUCUGUCCUGAGGGUUACAAAGGAACCAAUUGUGAAGUACCAUUUUGUACAAGUUCUUACUGUCUAAAUGGUGGAACAUGUGUAACUGUGUCUGAAAGUAUAGAAUGUAGAUGUCUUCCUGAUAUUUUGGGUAAACGUUGUGAAUUUAAUCAAACCCUAUCUGAAAGUGAUUUGCUUAAUCAGCGCAAAAAGAUGUGUCAUGACAGGAACUGUACAGAAAAGGCCAACAAUCACAAAUGUGAUGUUGAAUGCAAUUCAUUUGCUUGUGACUAUGACAACAAAGAAUGCACAAAGGGAAUGAUGCCAUUCAAAAACUUUUCACCUGAAAAAUUUAAAAAACAAGCAACCCAGUUUAUUCGUCAACUGGGAAUACUUUUGAAGACUGUUGUCAGGAUCAAGAGAGAUUCUCAGGGUCAGCAGAUGAUCUAUCCAUGGUACCCAGAAGGUACACAACAUAGUAAAAUCAACCUUGUGAAGCGCUAUAUUGAACAGAUAUUAAGGACAGACCAUUCCCGCAUUAAGAGGGCUACCUCAAUUGAAGGGACAAAAGUAUUUCUGGAAAUUGAUAAUAGAAAGUGUGAUAAUGAAGUCAGUAUGUGUUUCCACACAAGCAGUAGGGCUGCUGAAUUCAUUGCUGAAAAUAUCCGUAAUGGCUGGUCACCAGAAUUGAACAUUCACCGUAUUGGAGCUGAAGAUAUUACAACCAAAAGUACCACAUCUUUGAAACUGCUUUACAUAAUUGUAUCAUGUGCCAGUGUUUUUGCCAUAAUCUUUGUACUGAUGGCAGUAAUGUCCCGAAAGAGAACUCGAGGAGUAACUUGGUUUCCUGAAGGAUUUUUCUUCCCAGGUAAAGACACGCCUAAACACUCACAUCGACGCAAACCAGAUGGUGAAGAAAUGAAAAACUUACCCAAAGGUUUCAGUGUUCCACAUGAUUCAGUUUAUUCUAAAAAAGAUGCAAAUGACAACAGAUCCACACCAAUUACAGAUGCAUGGAAUGCAGAUGACUGUGACCAUCCACAGCACAAAAGAAUCAAAUUUGAUGAUAUUGGAGAAUCAAAUACUGAUACAAAUCAAGAGCUCGAUCAAAUGGAUACCAGGCAAUGGACACAGAGACAUUUUGAUGCAGCUAAUCUUCCUACUUCAAUUUUGGCACUGACACCCCCAAGGGGGGAUGACCAACAAGUUUCAAAUGAAGUUGAUGUUCGAGGUCCAGAUGGUUUCACACCGCUAAUGUUGGCAUCUUUCCGAGGCCAAGGACUAGAUACAGAUGGUGAUGAUGAAGGCUCUGGGGAAGGAGAAAAUGAUGACAAGUCAACAGGCAUCAUUACUAAUCUCUUAAUGCAAGGUGCAGCUAUCAAUGCACGCACUGAUCGCACUGGAGAAUCCUCUUUACAUCUGGCUGCCAGAUAUGCAAGAGCAGAUGCUGCUAAAAUAUUACUGGAAGCAGGUGCUGAUCCUAAUGCCCAGGACUGCACAGGAAGAACACCUCUUCACACAUCUGUCUCUGCAGAUGCACAAGGAGUUUUCCAGAUUCUACUCCGAAAUCGAUCGACUAAUUUGAAUGCUCGAAUGAACUGUGGUACCACCCCGAUGAUCUUAGCCGUACGUCUGGCCAUUGAACGAAUGGUUGAGGAUCUUAUAAACACUGAUGCUGAUAUCAAUGCAGCUGAUGAUUCUGGAAAAACUGCUCUCCAUUGGGCAGCUUCUGUGAAUAAUGUUGCUGCUGCCAAAGUCUUACUACACCAUGGUGCUAACAGAGAUGCUCAAGAUAACAAAGAUGAAACACCUUUAUUCCUUGCUGCCCGCGAAGGUGGCUAUGAAACAGCCAAAGUUCUUCUGGAUUAUCAUGCCAAUCGUGAUAUCACUGACCACAUGGACAGAUUGCCGAAGGACAUGGCAGCUGAGAAACUGCAUCAUGAUAUUGUUCGCUUGUUAGAAGAAUACAACGUGAAUCCUCAGCCUCCAUUACCCGUACACAACAGCAUUACAACAUCACCACCUUCCAUGUCAUUUGUGCAGCCGUCAGCAUCAAAGCAGAAACAAAGACCUAGAAAAACAUCAAAGAAUAACCAGCAGAACAAAGAGAGUCCAAACGGUCAACCAACUAAAGCAAAUGGCAAUCUCCCACCACAGAAGGGCAAACCUCGAAAAAAGAAGACAUCAGAUGUAAACAUGGUAAACAUGACAAGUGGCGACAUGCCCUGUGGAAAGUCCCCACAAAGUGUAGUUGAUGUUAUUUCCACAUUUGAUCCUAAUACCUGCUCAGGGCAGUUGGUUAUGAACCCAACAGUGGAUCCUGAAAUGGACCCCGUCUACCGCGAACGUGCUCUAAUGAGAGCUCAUUACACAAAAGCACCGUCUAAUUUUGAGGUGUCAACCAACUGGUUCAAUACACCACAGCAGCCACCUGUUGUGCCAAAUAUGCAGCAGCAGCCACCCCAACAGCAAGUACCACCUCAACAACCACCUCCUCCUCCUCCUCCACCUCCUCCUCCUUCCCAACAGCAAGUAUCUAAUACUUCUACAAUCAGUGCUCAUCUUAGAGUUCCAGUGGGCCCUCAAGCUGGAGUGCCCCAACAGCCAGCUAGUGUUCCAUCUCCAGUGAAACCAAAAAGCCUGCCAACAUCUCCUACUCAUUUGCAGGCAAUGCAACAACAUGCUCAACAAAAUCUAACUGCCCAACAAGAAAAGUAUCCAUUCCUGGGGGGUAACACUAAUAGUGGCAAUAGCACCACCCCAGAGAACAUGGGCCUCAUCUAUCGGCCAGAUAGCCACCUACCAAAAGUGUCCUCCCAGAUUCCACCUGGCAUUGAACAAUAUCCAACACCACCCUCACAACACAGUCAUGUCAGUAUGGAGCCUUCCCCUCAGCACCUGCAACCCAUUCCUCCAGAUCACUACCUAACUCCUUCACCAGAUUCACCUGGCCAGUGGUCAAGUUCAUCUCCACAUUCACCUGUGUCAGCUCAUUCAGACUGGUCAGAUGCUAGCCCCAUUCAAACCACCAGUCAUCAUACACAAAAUCGGAACAGUGUUCCUAAUACGUGGAGGUUCGUGGUAUUGUCGGACAGGAUCCCUCGGGUUCAUAUACUCAAGGAUGAGUAUCUUCACAUCGGCAAAAGUAAAAGUCCAGUUGAAAUUAUGUCGCAUGCCAAUGUUCAGGGUGAGUGUCUUCUCUCCGUCCGUAUUGUGGAACCGUUUAAACAGGGUGGGCUUAGCGGAGGGGUCAUUCUUGUAUGGUAUGACGACAUCGUGCGUUGUUACCGGAUGAGUCUGUCGUCGCCACUCUCCGAUUUACUCGUUUCCUCGAGCUGA